CGUGACCGUCUUAUCAUGCCACGUGAUUUUUCGUCAUGAACAUAUCGACGCGUCUUUCUGGUCGUUAACAGACAUGCGUUCACUUUCAACAUGGAUUGGAUGAAUUUAGUGUGGACGUACUCGCUGCUUUGCGUGGUUCCCGUAGUGUUGGGUGUAGAUGGCGACACAUGCAGGGAUAUUGACACCCAGGCUUGCGUCCUUAUGGCGCAACGGAACCCCGCCCUCUGUCAAGACCAGGUUCUUAGACAAACGGCAUGUCCUAAAUUCUGUAACAUUUGCCCACUGGAGUGUUACCAUUGCGAUGUAUCAGUUCGCGACUAUGUGAAUUGUAACAUGACGACAAUAUGUGACCUUAACCAGCAAUGCAUGCUACAGAAGAUGCAUUCUUCUCAAGACGGCCACGAUGAGUAUGUGAUGGGCUGUGCUAGCCUUCAGUUGUGUGACGGUGGUGGCCUGACGUUGACGUUUGGACGCCGAGAGCUGCAGGAGAGGAACGUGGAGGUCACAUGCUGCAAUACAGACAGAUGCAAUCUUCCAACUGAGUCAAGUACAGUGCCAACCACCACCAAACACAUACCAAGUUGCGUGAGAGAUAUCGUACUUAUUGUCGAAGACUACAACGAGAAAAACGAUCACACACACACGGGUGGCUAUUCGACGCCUUACUUGGUAGCCUUCCUAAAAGAACUCGUAUCAAGCCUCACUAUUGGCCUAUCGGAAAGCCUGGUGGAACUCUCUCUUGCUGAUUCGGACGUUCACAGUAUUUGGUCCCUUGCAGACCACACGACCAAUGACAGCCUUCUAACGGCUAUAAAUGGUAUACCGUUUCGACACCAGAAAGACAACCUUGACAUCAGCGGAAUAGUCAAUUACGUUUCUAGAGAUGCGUUUAGCAUUAGGUCAGGCGACAGGCCAAGUGUACCUAAUACGGUUGUCAUAUUUGUUGAUCACCGAGCACGACCUAGUACGUCUCGUACCGGUCAGGUCAACGGGGUAGAUUAUGGUGCACAGCAUAAUGUUCAUCUGGCAAGCGGUAAUGUCAUUAUCAUCAACAUCGGACCACCUGACCACAGCGACGUCACUAAAAUUUCGGUGUUGGCAACGGACGCAAGUCACGUGCUCACGGUGGCGGAUUAUGCCGCACUGUCCGGAAUCAAAGAAACGCUUGUAAAUCUCAUUUGUAAUUGAAAGGAGCAUUCGCGACUGGCACCGCUAUGCAAGUGUUCACAUAUUAUGUCCAUAUUAUAACAACCGUGGUAAACGCCUCCCCCUUGUUAGUUUCAGUAAUUUAAAAUAAAGUUGAAAAGGAU